GCCGUGUGUUACGCAUCGUCUUAAUAUGACAGAACUGACAGCGGAAUAAAUAAUUAUUUUAUUGAAACUAGUGAGGAACAGAUAUUGUUAAAGUUUGAUAUUAUUUCUUAUUAAUUACCUAUAGUUGAGUUAAUAACAAAAUGCAUCUGAAAGUGUCCUUGAUUUGUUUUGUGAUCUGUGCGGUGACUUUGAAUCAAAUCUGCGAUGCCAAAAGAUACGGCGGAGGGGGCAGCCUCAGUCGGAGUUCGAAUAGAGGAAGCUCGAGAAGGACAGGUACCAACUAUGGGGGCGUGAGCAAAAAUCGCCCAGCACAAACUACAUCUACAGGACAGCUGAGUCAUACAAAUUUGGCCAGUCUUAGCUACGCCGGUUAUAACCAAAAAGCGGCGCCAAAACCUCAACCAAAACCAUCAGCUCCUGAGCUACCGAAGCAACACGCACCACCAGCGCCAGCUCCAGCGCCGCAACCUAACCCAGGGAACUCAAGACCUGUGGGCUGGAAUGUAGAUGGUAACCAUCCAGCACCACAACAGGGAAUCGGCUUUAAACCAGAGGUGACCGCUACGAGACAAAAUGCAGGCUCUCUGAAUUCACAAAAUGCACAGCCUCAUGGUCUACCUCAGCAGCCACCUCCAUAUGGCUCCAUUGCUGGUCAUAAUACUGCACAAGGAGUACCCCAAGGAGCACCUCCACCAUACACGCCUCAUGCUGCAGGUGGAGCUAAUCCUUACGGUGGUCAAUAUCCACCGCCCUACAGUCCUCAUCAACAAACAGGACUUGCACAUCCAUCAGGAGUCAAUCAAGGAUAUCAACCAGGUGUGAAUCAUGGUGCUUAUCCAAAUCAAGGAGGAUAUCCCAAUCAAGCGGGUUACCCACAUCAGGCUGGUUAUCCACAACAGGCUGGUUAUCCGCAACAGGCUGGUUACCCCAACUCUCAAGGAUAUCAUCCAAAUCCAGGAUAUCAACCUGGAUAUCCUAACCAAGGCUACCACGGUGGUUUCGGUCAAGGUUAUCAUCCUGGUUAUGGAAAUCAAGGAUUUGGAGGAAUGGGUGGGUACGGAUCCUAUCCUGGCUAUUACAACCAGCGCAGUGGAUCCAGUUUUCUAGGAUUUGGAAGUGGUCUUGGCAUAGGAAGUUUAGUAACUGGUUUGGCUUUAUGGAGUUUUGCUCGAGGAUCUAAUUCCCAUAGCGUAGUUAAUGUGUACGACUCGCGAACUGGAGAAGCCUCAAACAUUACCUCAUUAAAUCAUCCAUGUAUAGCAGAUAUUGUUAAUGGAACAAACGCGACCUCGGUGACUGUAAUUUUGGCACCAAAUUGCACAUUUGUAUCUCAAGACAUGCAGGGUGCAAAUAAUUUCACAAUCGAUACUGCUGAAGCACAGAAAGAGAUUUUGACAAAUGGAACUGAAUCAUUGGAUUUGAAAGAGAUUGGUUUAGGAGGCUUGAAUUUAACAGGAGUAAAUUUGACAGAGGCAGUUGGUAAUGAUACGAAUUUGUUACAUCUAAAUACUCAAUUUAACAUGACGGGGCCAGAUGGAAUGCCUCCUCCUUCCAUGUUUUUACCAGCAGCUACCGAACUUACAAACGUUGAAGGUGCUCCUAAGGAUAUUAACACAAUGGCCAACAACCCUGACACGGGCGUCCGUCCUUUAUCGGACAGUAAUGCCGAUGUCAGCAAUGGGGGCGGCACCCUUCUUGCCCAAGCUGGUGCUACUUCGCAGGCUCAGCUGGCAACCAGUGGCGCAUAUUCUGUUUUAUUAAAGAAUUUUAAUAUAUCCAUACUUGGUGUAAUUGCUCUGAUAGUUCGUAUUGUAAUAUAAAGUUCUAUUUGUUUGCACUAGCAGGAAUGGUGCAAUGCUUUUUUUAAAAAAAAUGUGAACAAAAAUUUCAAUGAUGAUAUAACCUUGGCAUCUUUUAAUUCUAUAUUAUAUCACUAAUUCGGAUAGUUCCAUAUUAAUGCAUCUAAAAAGCA